AUGAAGUCCCUCCUCUUCAGCCGCUUCUUCAUCCUCCUGCCCUGGGUACUUAUCGUCAUCAUCAUGAUCGACGUGGACCCCCGUCGGCCCGCGUCCCACCUCGGCCCGCACCCUCACAUCUCCCCCUAUGCGGCCGGCCGCUGGGGUGCAGCUCCGCGCGGGGGCGUUCCGAGGCCCCAGCUUCUCCCCCGGGACGGCAGCCCCGACGGGGGCCCCCCGCAGGGCGCGGAGCAACCUCGCAACCGCUCGCAGCCGCCUCCAGCUCCGCCGCCGACGCCGCUGCCCACCAUCUAUGCCAUCACCCCCACCUACAGCCGCCCGGUGCAGAAAGCGGAGCUGACGCGGCUGGCCAACACCUUCCGGCAGGUGGCGCAGCUGCACUGGAUCCUGGUGGAGGACGCGGCCGGCCGCAGCGAGCUGGUGAGCCGCUUCUUAGCCCGCGCGGGGCUUCCCAGCACCCACCUGCACGUGCCCACGCCCCGGCGCUACAAGCGGCCCGGCCUGCCCCGGGCCACGGAGCAGCGCAACGCCGGCCUCGCCUGGCUGCGCCAGACGCACCAGCACGAGCCUCAGCGGCCGCAGCCCGGCGUGCUCUUCUUCGCCGACGACGACAACACCUACAGUCUGGAGCUGUUCCAGGAGAUGCGUACAACACGAAAGGUCUCUGUCUGGCCAGUGGGUCUUGUUGGUGGGCGGCGCUAUGAACGCCCUUUGGUGGAAAACGGCAAAGUCGUGGGCUGGUAUACGGGCUGGAGAGCUGAUAGGCCAUUCGCCAUAGACAUGGCAGGGUUUGCUGUGAGCCUUCAAGUGAUCUUGUCCAAUCCAAAAGCUGUAUUUAAGCGCCGUGGGUCCCAGCCAGGGAUGCAAGAGUCUGAUUUUCUAAAACAGAUAACAACAGUUGAGGAACUGGAACCAAAAGCAAACAACUGCACCAAGGUUCUGGUAUGGCACACUCGAACAGAAAAGGUCAAUCUAGCUAAUGAGCCAAAGUAUCACCUGGACACUGUUAAAAUUGAGGUCUAACCUGAAGAGGGAAACCAUGAUGGACAGAUGGUUGGGGCAAAGGAUGCCUCCUGAAGCUUAGGCUGCAAAAGCAUUCAGGUAUUGCUCACUCUUCUACAGUGCAACAGUCCCAAUUUUCAUCUGAUGGACAUCUGUAUAAACAAAUCAGAUGGUGUAAAAAUGGAUGUUUUGUCUUCCCUCGAUUUGCAUGUUUCCCCUCACCAUUUCAGUUACAUAGAGUCACCUAAAAGAUCUUUAUAUCGAGAGAAAAUGAUGCGGCAAGGGAACACUUCCAACUACUUGCUUUUUAUGUAGUUUUUUUCUUCUCCCCCGCCCACCAUCUCAGUUGGUGAAACUGAACAGGUUUUUAGGAACAAAUCAGUGAUAGUGCUAUUCUGACCUCU